ACACGUAGUCAAACGUAGUUUUGUCGCCAACUGUUUGAGGGCAGCACUGAGGCAGAGCAUUAAGCUGAUCUCGAGAUUCAAUUCGUUGUACGUCUGUUGUGGCACCACAUCCCCCACAUCCUCUAAAAACUGCAAGUUGCAGAAGUGCUGUUCGGUGGUGUUUUUCUUGCGAGACUUACGUCGCAGAAAUUUUUUUUUCAUUAUACAAUUUUUGAAGUAAAAAUGAGAUAUAUUUUGUUGUACUUAGUCAUAUUAUUGUUCCAUUUAACAUUGUGUAAAAAGUUUAAAGAUGAGGAUAAACCUGCUUGGGCCAAAAAGGAUAUUCGAGAUUAUAAUGAAGCGGAUUUAGAGAGAUUAUUGGAACAAUGGGAGGAAGACGAUGAACCACUGGAACCAGAUGAAUUACCUGAACAUUUGAGACCACAGCCGAAGGUGGAUUUUUCUCAGAUUGAUUCCAGUAAUCCAGAAAACUUGUUGAAACUUACAAAGAAGGGUCGUACUGUUAUGAUGUUUGUAAGUGUAGCUGGCAAUCCGUCUAAAGAUGAAACUGAAACUGUCACCAAACUUUGGCAGUCAAGUUUAUGGAAUAAUCAUAUACAAGCUGAAAGAUAUUUGGUUGAUGAUGACAGAGCAAUUUUUCUCUUCAAAGAUGGAGCGCAGGCUUGGGAAGCCAAAGAUUUCUUAGUGGACCAGGAGAACUGCAAAGAAUUAACUUUAGAAAGCAAAACAUACUUUGGAAAAGGAUCCAAUAAAGGCCAACGUGAUAAGGAGGAAUCCAGUUCAGCCCAGAAACACAAAAGGAAAGAAGAUCUUUAAAUACUGUACAGUCUUAUAACAUUUUUUGAACACAGGUUUAACCAGUUGUCUUAGAAAUAAGCUUAAAAUUAAAUGAAUUUCAAUUAUUGAAAACAGCUUCAUUAUUCACUUCAUUUCCUAUGUAUGUUGCUAUAUGGUUGUUAAUGGCUGCAGGUACAAAUUCCAUAGUAUUAAUGGCAGUUUUAUUAUUUAAUAUAGAGUGAAACCAGCUCAAAUGGCCAUCUCAUUUAAGUGAUGGACCUUCAUUUUUACAUGGACCUGAUUUGUUCUUCCAUAAGAUAUAAAUAUUCUAACUUUUAAGUUGCCGUCCAAUAGAGGACAGCAUCCAAGCACAUUUCAUAGAUUGGCCUCGUUUAAGGGGUCAUAUGUAGUGAGUGUGAAUCACAACUAAUGGAAGGUGGAAAAGUGUUGGAUAUGACUGCUGAUUCAGUAUCUUCCUACAUUGGGCUACAUUGUUAGGUUAUCUCAAACAGGAUCAAUAAGAAUCACUUAUCUAAGAUAACACACGAAUUUCUCUUUCAACACAUUUCCUUCCCCAUUCUGCAACAUACUCAUGAUCUCUACUAACUAUGCUUCCUUACUCUGGAAACAUGUUUUUUCUCUUAAUUUGUUGAGUCAUUUUUGCAAUAUGUGCUUUAGCCCUUCUUGGGUAUUGAGUGUGUAAUCUCUGGAGUAAUCUUCAAUAAAGUUUUUGUUGUCUCGUUAAGUCGCUGUCAGUCAAUAGCUUUUAUUUCUUUGGCGAGGGACUCGGCGUCGUUAGUAACCGGGGUUGUCCGAAAUUUUCCCAACCAGGUGUGCUUGGUGUCGUAAGUUGCUUAACUUCUGUGACUUCAUGGAGCGUAGUUAAGCAAUUUCGCUAACAAAAUCUGCUUGCCAAAGUCCCUUUGAUACAUGCUCCUUUUUGACAAAUGUUUUGUUGGGGAAUGCAGGUUCGCAAUAUUCAUAAAGAUAUUCUCCAAUUGUCAUCCAAGUAAAAGAACUAUUAUCCUACUUUAAUUUAUUCAUGUUGAGAUUUCAGAAGCCAGUGGAAUUAUUCAAGUAGACAGGCAUAGAGUCAUAAUUUUAAAAGUGUGUAUUAUAAAAUAAUGUUUACAACAUUAGCUGUUUUUCUUUUUUAGUAGUUUCUGUAUAUGAACAAAGUCUGUAUUUUUGUACAUUUGAUAUUCAGAAAUGAAACCUAUAUUUGUUAAUCUCA